GUUAGUGUAAGUCUAUAUAUGUGUUUAUAUGAUAAUUUAAGAAAGUUUAUUAGUGAAAAGAAAGUCAUUUGAUAUAUCUAUUUAUUUUACAAAGAAUCUAUUUAUUUUACUGAGAUUGUAAAACAUUUUGUGAAAGUGCGAACAUUAUAGAAAUAAAUAAGUAUAUCCAAUCAGACAAAAGCGCCAUUCUGUAUAUCCUAAAUUUAAACCUCCCAAUAAUUGUUCUUACUAACAUGAGUGAAGGAAAGCAACAGUCAAGCGAAAUGGAUGUUGAUCAGACUAAUAUGGGAGUACUUGUAUUAGCUGGUGAAGUAUCUGAAGCUCAGGAGACAACGAUGGAAAUAGUUCAACCAGAAGUUGAAGCUAGUACAAUUAGAACUUUGCCAGGUAUUAUUUCUAACGCCAUAAGCAGUCAAAGUAACAGUGCUGCAAGGGUUAUGGCAUCUUCUGGUACAGUUGGUUCUGUAUCUAUUAGUUUACAUCCACUAGUAAUUAUGAAUGUUAGUGAACACUGGACCAGGCUUAGAGCUCAAGAAGGCAGUGAUCAAUUUGUAUAUGGUGCACUAAUUGGAAAACAGAAAGGUCGCAAUAUAGAGAUUAUGAAUUCCUUUGAACUGUUGUUUACAUGUAUUGGAGAUGAUGUUAUAAUUGAUAGAGAUUAUUAUAACACUAAAGAAGAACAAUUUAAACAAGUAUUCAGUGAAAUGGAUUUUCUUGGGUGGUAUACAACAGGUAGCAUGCCAAAUGAAAAAGAUAUUAAGGUUCAUAAACAAAUUUGUGAAAUUAAUGAAAGUCCUGUUGUAUUAAAACUUGAUCCACGUCCGAAAAGUACAGAUCAACUACCAGUAUCUAUAUAUGAAUCAGUUAUAGAUUUAGUUAAUGGUGAAGCCACAAUGUUAUUUGUUCCAUUGACUUAUACAUUAGCUACUGAAGAGGCAGAAAGGAUUGGUGUUGAUCACGUUGCAAGAAUGUGUACUAAUGAUCAAGGAGAAAGUUCGUUAGUUGCAGAACAUUUAGUGGCACAGCAUAGUGCGAUAAAGAUGUUACACUCCAGAGUAAGAUUAGUAUUGAGAUAUGUAGAAGCUGUUCAAAAUGGAGAAUUGAAAGGAAAUCAUGAAGUACUAAGAGCUGCUUGUUCACUAAGUCAUCGUUUACCUGUUUUAAAUAAUCCAAAGUUUAAAGCUGAUUUUUAUAAUCAAUGUAACGAUUUUGGUCUUAUGACAUAUCUUGGAAUCAUCACCAAAGGUUGUAAUGAUACAAAUCAAUUUGUACACAAAUUUAAUAUUUUAUAUGAUCGACAAGGUGUUGCACGACGUGUACGAAGUCUCUUUUUUUAAAUGAUUAAUAGGAUUUAGUUUAUUUAGUUCAACUAUUCAAUUGUUCUUACUAAUUGUAUUCUUAUAAAUCAGGUAAUUAAGUUAAGUUCUUUUAAAACAAAAUUAAUACCAUAUUAUUAUUUACCAAACAUUUAAUUAGAUUUAAUCAGUAAUAUAC